AAUCACGACGGAGGAAGGUCCGCCGGCCCCGCCCCCGCCUCGCCGCCGGGCGCGCGCAGCUCGCGCCUGAGGAACUGCGGAUGCGGUUCCGAGCGGGCUCUGGGGCUGUUUCCAUUGAAUGACCAGGAAGGCUCUCGGUGCAAAGCGUUCCUGCAGAAUUGCUUCCACGUAAAGGGACCUUCGGGAAAUUUCGCUGGACACCGGCUGGCAUUGACAAACCCAGCGUCCCUGAGCCUUGUGAGGUUUCCAGGCAGGUUGAUUGCAAGGCAACAUGUCUGCUUCGGUGAAAGAAAGCCUUCAGCUUCAGCUACUGGAGAUGGAAAUGCUGUUUUCUAUGUUUCCUAACCAAGGAGAAGUAAAACUUGAAGAUGUAAAUGCCCUGACGAAUAUAAAGAGGUAUUUGGAAGGCACAAGGGAGGCGCUGCCGCCAAAAAUCGAAUUUGUAAUUACGCUCCAGAUUGAGGAGCCCAAGGUGAAAAUUGAUUUGCAAGUGACCAUGCCUCACAGCUACCCCUAUGUAGCAUUGCAGCUGUUUGGACGGUCAUCUGAACUUGACAGACAUCAGCAGCUACUUCUCAACAAAGGUCUCACUUCUUACAUAGGGACUUUUGAUCCAGGUGAGCUCUGCGUAUGUGCAGCAAUCCAGUGGCUACAGGACAACAGUGCAUCUUAUUUCCUGAGCAGAAAGCUUGUGUAUGAACCAUCUACACAAGCAAAGCCAGUCAAGAACACAUUCCUCCGAAUGUGGAUCUACAGUCACCAUAUAUAUCAGCAGGACCUAAGGAAAAAGAUUUUGGAUGUUGGGAAAAGGUUAGAUGUGACUGGAUUUUGCAUGACAGGAAAGCCUGGUAUAAUUUGUGUGGAGGGUUUGAAAGAGCACUGUGAGGAGUUCUGGCACACAAUUAGGUACCCCAAUUGGAAGCACAUUUCUUGUAAGCAUGCCGAAAGCGUGGAGACAGAAGGAAAUGGUGAGGACCUGCGCCUUUUCCAUUCUUUUGAAGAAUUACUCCUUGAGGCCCAUGGUGACUAUGGAUUAAGGAAUGACUAUCACAUGAAUCUGGGCCAGUUCUUAGAAUUUCUCAAGAAGCACAAAAGUGAGCAUGUUUUUCAGAUACUAUUUGGUAUUGAAAGCAAAAGUUCAGACUCGUAAAAAGCUAUUGAGAGGCCUAUGCUUGUAAUUUCACUAAGUCAGUAUUUCUGUUAUUAAGAGCAAAAUAAAAAGGCUGGUGGCUGUGUAGCAUCCUCAGUGCAAAACCCAGCUCCCGAAUUUUCACCUGGUAAUGAAUUUCAACUGACAGUGAAAUGAAUAGGCCUUUAGACUUUGUAACAGUGCAAUUGUGAUGUUAUCUCUAGGUUCUUGUGUUAAGUCAUUCAAAAACUAUUUCAUUGUAAAUUAAUAAAAACAAUCCAUUUAA